ACUAUAUUACUCUGGAGAAUGAUUGUCAGGUGGUUGUAUUGGGUUUCAAAAGAAAUAUUCCUCAUUUUGUUUAGAGCACGAGUUCUCCGAAGUUGAAGUUGGCAUUUUAGGUCAACAAGUUGGAUUCCUCUUAGGCCAAAAAAUAACCAGGAUCUCGUUUCGGCGAAACUCUAAUCACGGUGAGGGGUUUCUCUCAACCAAAAACGGGGGGUCUCUGUUUGUGGUUGGUGAAUUACUGGAUGCAAACCUUGCUAAUGCUGAACCAAAUUCUAAGAUGGCUGAAGAGACCAAAGUACAACUCAUGAAGAUCAAAUUGUGGUUAAUCACGGUUGGAGCAGGUUUCACUUAUUCUCUCCUCCAGCUUCGUCACCAUCCGAGAGACACACAAGGGGAGAAUCUUCAGCUCCAGAACCAAAAUCAUGUGAUCAUUCAAGUCGACGAUUCAGGAAGAAUUAGUAGUAGCAGUCCUGUUAUCAUGGAACAACAAGCUAAUGCAGAUGUGGGUAAUACUCUAGGCACCUCACCAGAAGAUGGGGAUCUUAUUCAAAGUAAUUCAACUUCACAAAAUGGAAGCGUUGAUUAUGGUCUUGUCGUCCAACAACAGCUCAUCAACUGUAUAAAGGAGCUUGAAAAGGUGAAUCAGAUGCUUGUUCCCAUGGUUUGUAGUCACGUGGACAAAUACCUUAAAGCCGUGUUUGACUCCAACGACAAAGACAAGGACCGGAUUCAAAUGUUGGAAGUACCGGAUCCGGACGUCAACUUGGUGAUGGAUGCGCUCCCAUUUGAAAUUAUCAGCCGCCUUAAAGAAAUCGUGAAGCUGAUUGUGGAAGGAGGUUUUACGGAAGAAUGCAGCGACAUUUACAGCAAAUGGCGAAAGGAGUUUGUAGAACAGUGUCGGCGGGCACUUGGGUUGCAAUUUCAAACCCCCAACGAUGAGGACGUUGAGAAGUGGUUAAAAACGUGCAAGGCAACUUCGAAGAUACUGUUUCUCAAUGAAAGUAGACUUUGCGAUUACCUCUUUUCAGGGUUAUCCGUCGCUUCGGAUGCCUUCUUCGACAAGGUUUGCAAGGAAGUGGCGUUUGAUCCAGUGAGUUUUGUCGAUACCACCAUGAAAACUGGGAAUUUGCUGAAUAUUUUGUUCAAUGUCCCUAAAAUAUUGGAGUCAUUGCACGAGUUACAGUUACUGUUUUUGUCUGGCAGAGGGUCAUAUGUACCUGAUAUUAAAUACGUUCAGUACAUAUUGGUUAUGCUAAAGGAGUUGGGGAAUUUUAUUUUUCCCAAUAAUGAGCAGGCACCUGUUAUCAAUGGAGGUCUUCAUCGGAUUACUAAGAAAGCAAUGCGCUACAUCCUUGAUAAGUCUAAACACAUCCGAAAUUCUUUAUUUUGGAUGGGAAGGAUGAUUGAGUUAUUAGAGAGCCAAUUGGAAUCCCAGUCUAAAGACUACUACGCUGACCCCGCAUUGGGCUCUGUUUUUAUGAUCAAUAAUCUCAUGUACAUACAACAAGAGGCGCAUGAUUUGAAAUUCGACGAUGAUUGGUUUCGACAACACACAGCAAAGGUGAUACAAAGCUUGGAGCUGUAUCUAAGAAGUUCGUGGAAUAAGAUGGUGGACUUUUUGAAGGUUGAGACGAAUGAGUUGGCGGAGGCUGAUAUGGUAGCGGAGUUAAUGAAAGAAAAGCUCAAUUUGUUCAACCUGCACUUUGAGGAGACAUGCACAAUUCAAUCUACAUGGACUAUUUCUGAUAAGGGAGUGAAGGAACUAAUUAUAGAAUCCAUAGAGGAGUUUUUGUUGCCAGAAUAUGGAGAAUUUUAUAACAGGUUUCUACUUGUUUUUGGUAACCAAGCUUAUCAUUAUAUUAAGUUUGGAUUUGAAGACAUUAAAAGUUGUCUCAGUCAUUUGUUUUUUCUAGAUGAUGAUUUUUCGUCUAGAUGAUGAUGAUUUGAAGUCAUUUGUUAUCAUUAAAAGUUUGGAUUUGAAGUCAUUAAGAAAACAAUGAACACUUUGUUUACUUA